AUGAAACUCUUGAUACUACGGAUUUUGUUUGGGAUUGGUAUAUUUGCGGGUACAUUGCUGUUCGGUUUACUGCCGCUGAAGAUCAUUCGUAAACAAGAUGACGACAUCAAACCCGGAAGUAUCAGAUCGCACAGAAUUAUGGCUCUCCUUAACUGUUUUUCCGGAGGUGUAUUUUUAGGAACAUGCUUUCUUGCUCUGUUACCGGCCGCCAGGAUGAAAUUAACUGAUCUCCUUGGGCAGGAAGGGGUUACUUUAUCAUAUCCGGUGAGUGAAGUAUUUCUAAUGAUUGGAUUCAUAUUCAUUUUAAUGGUUGAACAAGUGGUACUGACAUGUCAAAAGCGUGAUUGCUGUAUGCCGAGUUUCAGGGAGAAUACUUUAGAGCUGGCCAUGGUUAACAUGGGGAGUCCUGAAGCUAUGCGAAGACUGGUGGACGACUCAAGUGAAUCUGAAGAUAUGAAAGAACUAGGUGAUAGUCAUCAGACUAUAAAUAGGAAACCAAACCACAAGAUGAAUGGUGGACGUCAUCACCAUGACAACAAAGAAUUAGGACAUACUCAUCUAGAUUUAGAUAACACUGGUCCUAUGAGAGCAAUCAUUUUGCUACUUGCACUUUCUGUACAUUCACUACUGGAGGGUAUGGCAUUCGGCCUGCAAGAAGACACACCUCGUAUCAUUAAUCUAUUUAUAGCAAUUAUAAUUCAUGAAAGUUUAGCAUCUCUUGCAUUUGGUGUCAGCCUUGUUCGUACUCCUCGAUCAACUCGUGCAGUAUUUUUCUUUGUGCUAUUGUUUUGUAUCAUGUUACCUGUCGGUAUUGGUAUUGGAAUCACUAUUGAAACUGCACCAGGUUUAACUGCACAGUUUAUUUCCGCUUUUUUGCAAAGCUUUGCUGCUGGAACAUUUGUCUAUGUUAGUUUUUUUGAAAUCUUAAUGCACGAAUUUGAACCUGAUUCAGAUAGAAUUUUGAAAGUGAUAUUUUUAAUUGUAGGAGUUAGUACAAUAGCAGCAUUGCAGCUGAUGGACUGA